AUGAAUCAACCCACAGAGCUUAAGCCGCAGCGGCUCGAGAUGAAAGUCCUAGCACUGGGCUUGCCGCGAUCCGGCACUCUUUCAAUGGCGAAUGCACUCUCUAUCCUAGGGUACCAGAACGUUCACCAUACAUUAACGGACAAAGACGGAGGUGAAGCGGCAUGGCGGAUAUUCAAUCGCGCCGCUGACGCAACUUUUCCAGACCUUCCAACAUACCACGGGCGGGCCUUCAGCCGGGAGCAAUGGGAUGAAGUGUAUGGCGGCCGUGAAGCAGUCACCGAGGCUGCCGCCUUGUUUGGACCCCAGCUUAUCAAGGUGUACCCAAGUGCCAAAGUCAUCUUGGUUAAGAGGGACUUUGAUCGGUGGUACAAUAGUCUGGAUAGAGUGGUGUUGCAAGGACUCUGGAGCCCGAUGGCCGCUGUCUUCUGUGCGGUCAUACAGCCGAUCUUAGGUAACUCAAGUGUUUCGGCAAUGAGGAAGGCCUUGCUUGGCUUCUUUCAAGCGAGAGACGUCGAGGGUAUUCGGAAGAAUGUGCGUGUUGUUUACGAUAGGUACUACAGGGAGAUUGAAGACCUUGUACCGCCGGGACAACUUCUUCAUUACCGGAUGGGCCAGGGCUGGGAGCCACUAUGCGAAUUCCUUGGAAAGCCAGUGCCGGAUGCGGAGUUUCCGUGGGCCAACGAAGAGGCUGAACUCAUGAAAAAACGUGAAACAAUGCUUCGGGGUCAUUUCAUGGCUGUUGGUGGUAUACUUGGCCGCUGGGCUUUUGGAGUAGGGACCUUAGGAUUUGCUCUUUGGAUAUGGGCAAGGAAGACAGGAAUCUUGACCUGGUAA